UGGGAGUCAUCAUUUCACAAAGGAAAUUUGUUUUGGAUCUUCUCAAAGAGUAUCAAUGUUCUCAAUUUUCCAGCUUCAAUUCACCCCUUGAUGCAACUGUUAAGCUUAGAGCUAAUGAGGGUACACUUUUAUCAGAUCCUAGCUCUUACAGAAAGUUAAUUGGGAAGCUCAAUUUUCUCACCAAUACUAGGUUAGAUAUUGCAUAUGGGGUCCAACAUCUUAGCCAGUUUAUGCAGAAUCCUAGAGAACCUCACAUGCAGGCUGCUUACCACAUGCUCAGGUACCUUAAGAAAGAUCCAACACUGGGCAUACUCAUGUCUUCUACUGAUGAUUACAAGGUACAAGCAUUUUGUGACUCUGACUGGGCUACAUGUCCUGAUUCCCGCAAAUCAGUCAGUGGAUAUAUUGUAUUAUUCGGCUCUAGUCCUAUUAGCUGGAAAUCUAAGAAGCAGGAAACCAUUUCGCUUUCCUCAGCUGAAGCAGAGUACAGGUCCCUACGAAAGGUAGUUGGUGAGCUAACUUGGUUGGAACGAUUGUUUGAUGAACUCACAAUUCCUAGAAAUGGUCCUUUCCUUGUUUAUUGCGAUAGCCAGUCAGCAUUACACAUUGCCCGUAAUCCAGUUUUUCACGAAAGGACAAAACACAUUGAGGUCGACUGUCAUUUUGUACGAGCCAAGCUUCACGAAGGCCUCAUUUGUUUGAAUCACAUUGGCACCGGUGAUCAACUGGCUGACAUACUCACUAAAGCACUUACUGGAAUCAAACAUGCUGCUCUACUGGACAAGUUGGCUGCCUUGAUAUCGCCUCCAACUUGA